AAUCUUUUUUGUUUUGCAAUGGAUUCGGGGGGCCAAGAUGAAAUCGAGGAUUUGUCAUGUAUGUCUCCGCCACCAAUGGGUUCAAUGCAGAUUACUGGUAACAACGGAUUUGUUCAUAACUUUGAAGUGACGUCUCAAAGUUGCGUUAGAAACAGAUCAAGCUCUCAGAUUGACAUCCAAGAUGACACCUUCUGCUGUGUCAAAGACCGCCCACUUCCUAUUUUCCUUAAGUUUGAAAAUGUAGAUUUUAAGGUGAAAAUAAGCAAAGCAACACCUGGGAAUCCAGUGAAGGCGGUUAUGUCAAAGGUGGUCUCGAAGCACAACGCUGAACAAGACAACUACAAGCAGAUUUUGAAGGGCAUAACAGGAAGUCUUGGCCCAGGUGAGAUUCUUGCUUUGAUGGGGCCUUCGGGUAGUGGAAAAACGACUUUGUUGAAGGUCAUUGGUGGAAGAUUACGUGACAAUAUUAAGGGAACUAUCACAUAUAAUGAUGUUCCAUAUAGUCCACUUCUUAAAAGAAGGAUAGGAUUUGUUACACAAGAGGAUGUGCUCUACCCACAACUAACUGUCGAGGAAACUUUGAUUUUUGCUGCAUUUUUAAGACUUUCGAGCAGCAUGAGUGAAAAGCAGAAAUAUGAAAGAGUGGAGGUCAUUCUUAAAGAAUUAGGACUUGAAAGAUGUCGUAAGACACGAGUAGGAGGAGGAUUUGUUAGUGGGAUAUCCGGAGGUGAAAGAAAAAGAACCAGCAUAGGGUAUGAAAUCUUGGUUGAUCCUUCAUUACUGUUGCUUGAUGAACCAACAUCAGGCCUUGAUUCAACAUCAGCAAACAAACUUAUUCAGAUUCUAAGAGAAAAUGCAAAGGCGGGGAGGACAAUAAUCACAACCAUCCACCAACCAUCAAGUAAAAUGUUUCAUAUGUUUGACAAAAUCUUAUUAAUAUCCGAAGGCCACCCAAUGUACUAUGGAAAGGCAAGAGAAGCAAUGAGCUAUUUUUCAUCUCUGAGGUUCAUCCCCAACAUAGCCAUGAAUCCAGCAGAGUUCUUGCUAGAUUUAGCAACGGGCCAAGUAAAUGACAUAAGUGCCCCAGAUGAUAUUGUGAUAUCUAAAGGUACUUGUGAAUAUGAAAGAGCUGUCAUCAGGUAUGUACAGCACAAGUAUAAGAUGGAACUGGAUAUCAAAGAAAAAGAAGAAAACCAUAGAACAGGAAAGGCCCCCGAACAUCUUAGAUUGGCGAUACAAGUAAAAAAAGAUUGGACUAUAAGCUGGUGGGAUCAGUUUCUGAUAUUGUUCAGAAGAACAUACAGAGAGAGGUGGAGAGACUACUUCGAUUUGCUAAGAAUUAUUCAAUCUCUUGGAGUUGCAAUAUUGUUAGGUCUUCUAUGGUGGAAAUCUAGUUAUGCUACGGAGGCUCACCUUAGAGAUCAGAUUGGCUUAUUAUUCUAUGUGUGUAUUUUUUGGACAUCUUCAUCAAUAUUUGGAGCUGUGUACGUAUUUCCGUUUGAGAAGUUCUCUCUGGUAAAAGAAAGAAAAGCUGAUAUGUAUAGGCUGAGCGCCUACUACGCAUGCAGCACAUUAUGUGACAUGAUCGCACACAUUACUUACCCAACUGUUUUCAUGUCAAUUUUGUACUUCAUGGUUGGAUUCAAGAAAACAUUAGAAUGCUUCAUCAUGACAUUAUCCGCGAUCUUAUUAAUAGCCGUAACUAGCCAAGGUGCCGGUGAAAUGUUUGGAGCUGCAGUGAUGAGCAUUAGAAGGGCAGGCAUGGUUGCGUCUUUAAUACUAAUGUUGUUUCUACUUACUGGAGGUUACUAUGUUCAGAAUAUACCAAAAUUUAUGCAAUGGUUGAAGUAUAUAUCUUUCAUGUACCACGGAUUCAGGCUGCUACUAAAAGUGCAGUACUCGGGUGAUGAGUUAUACGAGUGUUCAAGCAUAGGAGGAUGCAGACCGUUGCAAAGUUCACCAUCAUUUAGCACUGUAAACUUAAAAGGAGGGUGGAAAGAAGUUUGGAUGCUGUUGGGAAUGGGUAUAGUAUACCGUUUACUGGCCUACAUAUGUCUUCGUCGAAAGAUUAGCCAAUGCAAUAUUUGA